AUGGAAAUGGAAACAGCAGACAUUUUCCUUCAUCGUCAGAAGGAAGUCGCAACAGUCCCCCCCCCAAUAGGGACAAGUUUGCUUCCGAGCAAAGAGCAAUUGCGUCGACAGCGUAACGUCAAGGUUUUCUUGAGCGUAGUCGCGACUAUUCAUUUGUAUCGGAAGCAAUUUAGCACAGAUAGCAGUCAGAGAGACAUCCUAGCUAUCGGAAUAAAAGAGAUGUCAGCUAUGCUACAACAUCAAGACAACGAAAUAAAGAAGAAAGACUGUCUUACGAUUUUUCAAAUCCAAAAAAUUGUGAGAGAAGGACUCGAACUCAUAUCAGAAAUCAGUGCAGUGAAAAUGCUCAAACUUCAAAUAGUGUUUCUUCCAGCUCUCCACAAAGGAUUGUGGGGAAAGACACCUCCUGUAAAGCAGCUGGAAGAGAGCGACCCUGAAGAAACAUCCGAGGACCUGCUCGACAGCUAA